GUCAGUACCGCUCCCGCCCCGCCCGCGCCCGCGCCCGCGCCUUCGCGGUCGGUCGUCCGCCUCCCCACCCGGGCGUGCGGAGCACCCCUGCCCACAGUCAGCCUUCUGACGGCCCCAGCCCCGCAGCCUCCACGGCCGCAGUAGGGGCAUGGGGGAGCCGAGGCAUCGGAGGACAGGGAGGUCUCUUCCUGAGGACCUCGAGCCUCGCGCCUCCCACCGUGACGAGUGUCAGCAGUGAAGGGGUUAAGCUCCGCCGGGGAGCCUGGGGUUCCAGACUUGGGGGCGGAUCCUGGUGCUUCCUCCCUCCAGACCCGGGGUGCUGCUGCAGCUGCGGCAGGUUUCCAUCUCAGUGGCAUGAUCAUGCAGCUAGGCCCAGCCCUGGUGCUGGGGGUGGCCCUGUGCCUGGGGUGUGGCCAGUCCUUGCUGCAGGAUCCUGAACGACCCUUCUCUGUGCUGUGGAAUGUCCCCUCAGCACGCUGUAAGGCUCGCUUUGGAGUGCACCUACCACUCAGUGCCCUGGGCAUUAUAGCCAACCAUGGCCAGCAUUUCCAUGGCCAAAAUGUUACCAUCUUUUACAAGAACCAGUUUGGCCUCUAUCCCUACCUUGGGCCCAGGGGCACAGUUCACAAUGGGGGCAUCCCCCAGGCUGUGCCCCUAGAUCGUCACCUGGCACAGGCCGCCCGCCAGAUCCACCAGAGCUUAGGACCCAGGUUUGCUGGCCUGGCAGUGCUGGACUGGGAGGAGUGGUGUCCACUCUGGGCUGGAAACUGGGGCCGCCGUAAAGCUUACAAGGCAGCCUCCUGGGCUUGGGCCCAGCACAUGUUCCCUGACCUAGACCCGCAGGAGCAGCUCCACAAAGCCCACACAGACUUUGAGCAGGCAGCCCGUGCUCUGAUGGAGAGCACGCUACGGCUGGGCCAGGCGCUGCGGCCCCAUGGGCUCUGGGGUUUCUAUCGCUACCCCGCCUGUGGCAAUGGUUGGCACCAUACGGCUUCCAACUACACGGGCCGCUGCCACGCAGCCACCCUGGCCCGCAACGCCCAACUGCACUGGCUCUGGGCCGCCUCCAGCGCUCUCUUUCCAAGCAUCUACCUCCCACCCAAGCUGCCACCUGCCUACCACCAGGCCUUUGUGCAACACCGCCUGCAGGAGGCCUUCCGUGUGGCCCUUGCUGGGGACCCACAUCCUCUGCCUGUCCUGGCCUACGUCCGCCUCACACACCGGCACUCUGGGAAUUUCCUGUCCCAGGAUGACCUGGUGCAGACGAUUGGUGUGAGUGCGGCACUGGGGGCCGCCGGCGUGGUGCUCUGGGGGGACCUGAGUUUCUCCAGCUCUGAGGAGGAGUGCUGGCGUCUCCAUGACUACCUGCUGGGCACUCUGGGCCCAUAUGUGAUCAAUGUGACCAGGGCAACCAUGGCCUGCAGUCGCCAGCAGUGCCAUGGUCAUGGGCGUUGUGCCCGGCAAAACCCAGGACAAAGGGAAGCCUUUCUGCACGUGCAGCCAGAUGGCAGCCUUGGAACUUGGGAGUCCUUUAGCUGCCGCUGUUACCAGGGCUGGGCUGGCCCCACCUGCCAGGAGCCCAGACCUCGGGGCAGACCUAAGGAAGCAGCCUAAGGCCAGAAGUCUGCCCCCAGCUCUUCCUCGCCUCUCUUACCCCUGUCCCGGUCCGCUAGGAACUCCCACCUGCUCUGAUCAGCUCACAGUCAACCUUCACA